UUACAAAUCCGAACUAUAUUUAAAAGACCUCUACUAAACAAUUGCAUAUAAUUCUCUGUCCUACAAGUCCAUUUCCAUUCCUGGACAUCAUUGGGUUGGCGCUCCGAUGAUCGGCUGCCUCAGGCCCCAACCGGUUGCAUCAUCCGUCUGAAUCUGGCAACUUACUCUUAUGUGAGCUCCAUCAAGUGCUUAUAACAAAAAAAAACCUCUCUCCCUUUGAUAAAUAGAACGGACACCUCUUUGGCCAAGGUAAACUAGCUACCGGAUCGCAGCCAAGGUUCCUGGCAGCUCCGGUACCUUGUUGUCUCGUGCCUCUUAUCGACGCGCUAUCACGCUACCCCCGCCAUAAACCACCAGACACAUCCCAUGAUGAGCUCGAAUUGAGCCGAAUAGUCACUAUGAUACCUCAAUUACUCCUCCGGUCGUCGAGGACAUGUCCUCGGGGAAGUCUGGCACUUUAUCGACUGUCUUCAGUGUCUCCACGACCGGGUUUGACGCAGACUUUCUGGACAUGUGCCCCGCGUCGCGAACGAGCACCCACAGAUUCGAAAACCAAAACCACGACGAAACCUACGGCCGUGUUUCCUGCGCAGAAACAACCGACGAAACAAAAUGAUCCUCUUGCGACGGUUGACAAAUCUGCGACUGAGCAGCGUAAGGCGGAUUGGGCUAUCAUGAAAGAGAUGACUCGGUACCUGUGGCCCAAGGAUGACUGGGGUACAAAGCUGCGAGUCGGUCUUGCUGUGUCGUUAUUGAUUGGCGCAAAGGUUCUCAACGUGCAAGUGCCCUUUUACUUUAAAAGCAUUGUCGAUUCAAUGAAUAUCGAUAUUGCUGCUGUGGGAGGUACUGCGACGACAGUUGCUGGGGCCAUGAUCCUUGCAUACGGCGCAUCUCGUAUAGGCGCAACGGUAUUCCAGGAAUUGCGAAACGCCGUGUUUGCAUCUGUUGCGCAGAAUGCUAUCCGAAGGGUGGCAUGUAAUGUAUUCGAUCAUCUGCUGCGUCUCGACCUGACGUUCCAUCUGUCUAAACAGACUGGUGGUUUAACAAGAGCUCUAGAUCGCGGUACCAAGGGAAUCAGCUUCAUUCUGUCCAGUAUGGUCUUUCAUAUCAUGCCGACCGCUCUUGAGAUCAGCAUGGUUUGUGGAAUUCUCACUUACAACUAUGGCGCAAAGUUCGCAGCUCUCACUGUUUUGACAAUGGUCAGCUACACGGCCUUCACCAUCUGGACGACAGCCUGGCGGACAAAAUUCCGAAGACAGGCGAAUGCUGCUGAUAACAAGGCUUCCACUGUGGCAGUGGACUCACUCAUCAACUAUGAGGCUGUCAAGUACUUCAACAACGAGAAAUUUGAGGUUGCGCGGUAUGAUAAGGCUCUUCAGCAGUAUGAGAAGAACUCUAUCAAGGUUGCGACAUCUCUGGCUUUCCUGAACAGUGGACAGAACAUCAUCUUCUCUUCGGCACUUACAGGCAUGAUGUACCUUGCCGCUAACGGUGUGGCUGAGGGUACUUUGACCGUUGGUGACUUGGUCAUGGUGAACCAGCUUGUCUUCCAGCUUUCCGUUCCUCUCAACUUCCUUGGAUCCGUCUACCGUGAGCUCCGACAGUCUCUCUUGGAUAUGGAGACUCUAUUCAACCUCCAAAAGGUCAAUGCCAACAUCAAGGAGAAGCCUGAUGCGAAGCCCCUGGUCCUUUCAAAGGGUGGUGAGAUCAAGUUCGAGAAUGUCGACUUUGCGUACCACCCUAACCGCCCUAUCCUGCGAAACUUGUCGUUGACUAUCCCCGCUGGAAAGAAGGUCGCGGUUGUCGGCCCCAGCGGCUGCGGAAAGUCCACUCUUCUACGUCUUUUGUUCCGAUCUUAUGAUGUUCAGGGUGGACGAAUAUUGAUUGAUGACCAGGAUGUUCGAGAUGUGAACCUCGAGUCUCUUCGCCGCUCCAUUGGUGUUGUUCCUCAGGAUACCCCCUUGUUCAACGACACUGUCGAGCACAACAUCCGCUAUGGCUCCAUCAACGCGACACAUGAUGAGGUUGUUGCGGUCGCCAAGCGCGCUCACGUUCACAACACCAUCCAGUCUUUCCCUGAAGGAUACGACACCAAAGUUGGUGAGCGAGGUCUUAUGAUCUCUGGCGGGGAGAAGCAGCGCCUUGCUGUCAGUCGUCUUCUCCUCAAGGACCCUCCUCUGCUCUUCUUCGACGAGGCAACAAGUGCCCUGGAUACCCAUACUGAGCAGGCUCUCAUGAUGAACAUCAACGGCAUCCUUAGAGAAAAGGGUCGAACAAGUGUUUUCGUGGCUCAUCGUCUGCGAACUAUCUUUGACUCGGAUCUUAUCAUUGUCCUCAAGGAGGGACAAGUGGCGGAGAUGGGCACCCAUCGGGAAUUGAUCGAUCGGGAUGGCGUCUACGCCGAAUUGUGGAGUGCCCAGGAGACAAGAUUCCAGGAGGAUGGAAAUGAAAAGGACGAGGCCGAGGAGGAGAACAAUGGUCAGAAGAAGAACUAAACAUAUGACGCCUCUAGAAGGCACACGCCUUGAUCAGCUGCUGACAAGGUGUAAAAUGAAUACAGCUCAAACUUAUCGCAAAGA